AUGUUCCCGUCGCUGCGCAUCUCGCUGAGCGGCCUCGACCCUCGCGAGGAGUACUGCGUGCUGCUGGAGCUGUCCCUGGUGGGGCGCAGGCGCUGGCGGUGGGCGGGGGGCGCGUGGGCGGCGGCGGGGGGCGCCGAGCCGCAGUCCCCCAGGCGGCUGAUGCUGCACCCGGACUCGCCGGCGCCCGGCCACCAUUGGACCGCGAACCCGGUCUCGUUCAGCAAGCUCAAGCUCACGAACAACACGAUGGACGCCCAAGGACACAUGGUGUUGACUUCAAUGCACAAGUACCGCCCAAGGGUGGUAGUGGUGAGGGCAAGAGACGCAGCCGCUCUGGCUUGGGGUGCACCGCAUGCCGCUUUCUCCUUUCCGGAAACAGAGUUCAUAGCUGUCACCGCUUACCAGAACGACCGCAUCACGAAAUUGAAAAUCGAUAACAAUCCUUUCGCAAAAGGAUUCAGGGCGUGUGGCCAGUCAAAAUGCAAGAGAAAGAAUACAGACAGUGAAACGGGCAGCGCAGAGCCAUCUAGCGGUGACAGUAGCGAACCUAAACGCCCUUGCUCCGACGCCGCGUCUUCGUGCUCCGAGGAAGGAAGCCUUCGGUCAUCCUCACCUCGAUCACCCCCGUUGGUUGAAUCGCCAGCACUUCUCGUCUCUCCACCUGAUAACAUAUCACCGCCCCCUACAUUCUAUCCACCGGAGCUACCUUACUUAGGACAAUUACACAUGCCAAUGCCACCACUAGGAUUCUGGGCGGGCAGCCCCCUAGUAGGUGGACUCCCUUGGAGUCAAGCUUUGCCACCACCACCCCCAAGACUUCCUUCUCCAACUCAACCCGCACCAGCUCCAUGCCGUCGAGUAAAAAGUUUCACUAUCAGCGCUCUCCUUGGUGAAGGA